AACAUCCCAACAAUAUAAAAAGCACUCAAUAACAGUAUUCACUCUCACUCAUUACAUUAACAUGAGCAUGGCAAAUCCCAUAACUCUUUUUUUCACAACUUUUAUGUGGCAAUUCCUAAUUGGCUAUCUCAUCCUAUCCCUUAAUUCUCUCCCUCCUAUUUAACUCCAUCCUUCACCCUCCCAACUUUCCCAAAUUCCUCUCAAAUUAAAAGGCCAUUACUUUACUCUUCUUUUCUUCAUUUCAUCAAUGGCUUCCUUGAUUCUCUCUUUAUUCAUCAUUUUAAAUUCAAUUUCUCUUUCUUUUUCCUCAACAUGCACAUCCCCAAAACUCACUUCUUCUUUUACAUCAUGCAAUGAACUCCCAUCUCUUGGUUCUUCCCUUCAUUAUUCAUAUAACCCAACAAAUAAAUCACUUUCCGUUGCUUUUACUGCAACCCCUUCUUCUCCUAAUGGUUGGGUUGCUUGGGGAAUUAACCCCACUUCAACUGGUAUGGGUGGUACUCAAGCAAUUCUUGCUUUUAGAAAUUCUGAUGGUUCAAUGUCUGUUAAAACUUUCGAUAUUUCAUCUUAUUCCUCAAUUGUUCCUGGGAAAUUGUCAUAUCAAGUGUAUGACAAAAAAGCAGUCUUUAAUUCUGCAGAUGGGUCUAUAACCAUUUUUGCAACAAUUGAAAAUCAUGGUGGGAAAAAUAACCAUGUUUGGCAAGUGGGUCCCUCAGUUACUAAAGAUUUUCCUGAUAAACAUGACUUUAAGCCUGCAAAUCUCAAUGCAAAAGGUGUUCUGGAUUUGUCUGUUUCUGGUGGUGAUAGUGGCAGUAGUACAGCUUCACCAAGUUCAAGUGAUCCAAUCACUAAGAAGAAAAAUACUCAUGGAAUAUUGAAUGCUAUUAGUUGGGGACUAUUGUUUCCAGUUGGAGCUAUUAUAGCAAGAUAUGUGAGAACAUUUGAGUCUGCAGAUCCUGCUUGGUUUUAUGUUCAUGUUACUUGCCAAAUAUCUGGAUAUGCUAUUGGUGUUGCUGGCUGGGCCACCGGUCUUCAACUCGGGAGUAAGUCAGUAGAGAUUGUUAAUAAGAGCCAUCGCUACAUUGGGAUCGCCCUCUUUGCCCUUGCUACUCUACAGAUAUUCGCACUGUUUCUAAGACCCAAGAAAGAGCAUAAGUUGAGAUUUUACUGGAACAUCUAUCACCACAGUAUUGGAUACGCCAUUAUCAUCCUCGGAAUCAUCAAUGUAUUCAAAGGCCUAACAAUACUCGACCCUGCAAAGAAAUGGAAAUCCACAUAUGUUAGCAUUCUUAUCGUGUUAGGAGGCAUUACUGUGUUGCUCGAAGUCUUUACUUGGGUCGUGGUUUUACUUAGGAGAUCUAGUCGAUCCACCAAGCCAUACGCUUAAUGAAUUACUCGACUUGUUGGAUCAUCGGUGGCGUCUCCCUCCACACAAUAGUAAGAAGUGCGAGAGGCUUCUACUGUUAAUUUGUACCAGAGGCUAUUUUUAUUUGUGCUUCUUGCUUGUGUUUGUGUAUAUUGGCUUUGAAAUAGUACGCUGUAUCUGUAUAUGCACUCUAAUUGAGUGGAAUUAUUUGUAUUUUUGUUAGUUGGAUUUAGGCUAAAUUCAGAAAGAUGCAGUCUUUGCUCCAUCUGUGUGUGUAAAUGAGUAUGCCAAAUUCUAUCUUUUAUGAAAUUGUUGGAUUCCAGUUUUCUGAUAGUGCUGGUUUCUUUUCUGA